AUGUCUGAUCCAGAGAUUGUACGACUUCGACGUGAGAACGAAGAGCUCAGACGCGAGAAGGAGGCAGCGGAGGCGCGAGAGGAAAAAGAGCGGCGCGAGAAGGAGGCGGCGGAGGCGCGAGAAGACAAAGAGCGACGCGAGAAGGAGGAGCUCGCACGCGAAAACCAGCCGACUACACUGGUUGAAUAUCUACGGAACUGCCAUACCUAUAUCUACCAGAACUUCAAGCUUGCCGACAAGUCCGUAUCCUCAACGGGGUCAAGGGUUGAUGGCAAGUUCUAUCCUAUGCCCCGACUGGCCGGGUAG